AAUAAUUAGAGAGUGUUGUUGGCUAAUUUCGCAAUAAAAAAAAAAAAAUAAAAUGUCAUAUUGUGUGAAAGUGUCAUAGGUUUGUGUGUUGAUCGUUCAAUCUGUUGUUGUUUAUUGGACUAAUUGUCAACAAAUUUAUUCUAAAUAUAAUAUUAUAAUAAUUAAUUAUUAAAAAACAAAAAGAUUCAAGUAAAAUAAGAACAAGAAAGUUGAUUGAGCAUGCAAUGCCCGCAAGGAGAAGACGUGGUUUAUUGGAGCAUGACAAUGACUUCAUAAUUACAACAAGCAACAAUAAUAAUUUUGAUAUACAGUAUUACAAUAAUAAUGAUACAUAUGAUAAUACAAAUUUAGAUAAAGAAGAUAAAAUUGAUAUAUUAUAUCCAGUUGUCAUGACGUCACGUGAUCGUAGUAAUGAAUUUGCAAAUGCAAUUAGGACAAUGCAAGGUAGAACAGUAUCAAGGGCUGUUGCUACUAAAAAUCCUCGUCAAGCACGUAAUUUACAGACAUAUUCAAAUUUUAUGAUGAUUGCUAAAAAUAUUGGUAAAAAUAUUGCAAGUACAUAUACUAAACUUGAAAAAUUAGCAAUAUUAGCUAAAAAAAAAUCAAUAUUUGAUGAUAGACAAUUAGAAAUUGAAGAAUUAACAAAUAUUAUUAAAACUGAUUUGGGUAGUUUAAAUAAACAAAUUGCACAGUUACAAGAUUUGGGAAGAAAACAAAGAGAAACAUCAUCAAAUGGACAUCAUCAUAUUGCAUCACAUUCAUCAUCAGUUGUUGUUGCACUUCAAUCAAAAUUAGCAAAUAUGUCAAAUCAUUUUAAAAGUGUACUUGAAGUUAGAUCAGAGAAUAUGAGAGAGGAACAAAAUCGAAGAGAACAAUUUACUCAGGGCUAUGUAUCAUCAAGAUUACCACCAAGUGUUAUGGAUAGUCAACAGGGCUCAUUAUUACUUCAAGAAGAAGAUACAAGAAAUAAAACAGUUAGCAUUGAUCUUGAACCAGAUAAUAUGUCAUCACAAUUACAAAUGCACAAAGUAAUACAUGAUGAUACUGAUUCAUAUGUUACACAAAGAGCUGAAACAAUGCAAAAUAUUGAAUCAACAAUUAUUGAAUUAGGUGGUAUAUUUCAACAAUUGGCAUUUAUGGUUAAAGAACAAGAAGAAAUGGUUGAAAGAAUUGAUAGUAAUAUUGAAGAUGCUGAGCUUAAUGUUGAAGCUGCUCAUACAGAAAUACUUCGAUAUUUUCAAUCAGUUACAAAUAAUCGUUGGUUAAUGAUUAAAAUAUUUGCUGUUCUUAUAUUUUUCUUUAUAUUUUUUGUUGUUUUUGUAGCAUAAAAAAUUAUUAUUUUAAUGUCAAUUAUUGACACAAUAUUGUAUAAUAUGCGUUUAUUGCAUUCCUUCAAUUAUUAAAAAAAAAAACAAAACAAAAAAAACAUUUUUAAAUAAAUAAGAUUAAUUGUUUAAAUAUUAUUAAAUAAAAAAAAAAACAGAAAAAUAUAUAUAUAUAUUAUAGAUUUUUUUUAAUGUAAUCAAUGGUUAAUAAUAAAUUACAAUUUUAUUCAUUAAAUUAUAA